CCAAUAACCAAUCCAGUAUACCUCAUGCUAGGCACAUCAUUUGGUUCCUCGGCUAAAGGAACCGGGCUUAAAGCUCUUGAAUUUGCCCUCUCCAUCUGUGACAGUGUUGAUAUGUAUGGCUUCACCGUAGACCCAGGUUACAAGGAAUGGACAAGGUACUUCUCAGAGGUAAGAAAGGGACACGCUCCACUACAUGGUAGAGCAUAUUAUCAGAUGAUGGAAUGUCUUGGUCUGGUGAAAAUCCAUUCACCGAUGCGAGGAGGUCCUGGCAGGACAGUGAGGUGGCUUCCUACCAAGGCUACCAUCGAGGCUGCUAGAGUUGCUUCCGAGAAGUUGUUGAAGAGACCUGGUGCUGAAAGUGAUGAUCCUCUGGGGACUUGCACCAUGAUAAAGAAGCACAAGAAAGGGAAGGCACCAAACAGAUCUGGUCUACGAGAUGCUGCCAUGAAGCACCUCGAGGACAUGAAAGGUGCCACCACGUAUCCCUUAGAGCAGAAUGCAGGGGGUGGUUACCUCUGCAUGAUCAAUGAUAGAUAG